AUAUGUGCUCCUAGCCACGUAUAGGGAGGUAUAGGUGGUAGUAGAUAUACACUCACCUGCUCACAGGUACCGCGUGGAUUAUUUCUUAUUACGUGCUUCGCUUCUCUCUCCUUGGGCUGGACAUUUAAAUUCAAAAUAUUUUACUUAGUAGCACACAAAAUCAGGCGCGGAGAAAGACAAGCAUUGAUAUGGAUUCCAUUUCUUUAAAAGGAUAUUAAUUCUGUUAUGAAGGCAGACGAGAGAUAGAUGAUGCCAUGUCGGAGUCUGGCCUGCGCUAAUUUCUUCCUGCCAACUGAAACAAAUAAGAAAUGGGAUCGGGGUUCAGUUCCGCAUGUUCAAGCAACAGGUCGGUGGUCAUAGCUAACAGCGUACGCAAAGUAAGAGAUCGUGGUAGUGAACCGUCCUUACGGGCGGUACCAGACCAGCAUCUCCCGAGCGUCCCGGGCAAACUUCGACCCUGCAUUUCUAGGGAUUCUGGAAUUGUAGAAAAUGAAAUACCACAUGGACAAAGCACGGACUGUUCGAGGUCUAACAGCGAUAGGAACAUUCGAGAUGAUGGCGAAGAAUCUAACGAUUCUAACGAAACUGUGUAUUCAGACCAAAAUACCGUGCAUAAAUCCAGGCCACAUUCAUGUCGUCUAGGUGAUCGUCGGAAAACACACAAAUUGAAGGAGAGUGGCGACUCUUUUGUGGCAGAGGAUAGAUUGGUUAGAUAUUUACGUGCAACCCGUAGUUUAGGUACAGAAGGAGAUUUUGAUGAAAAUGUUCCAAGUAGUCGAAUGGGAGACGAUGAGAUUGAGGAUGAUGACGAUAGCUUUUACGGAGAUUGUAACCAUAAUAGGAAACAGUAUAGUAGAAAUUCUCAUAAACGAAAGAGUUCAUCUAGAUUAAGAAGUGAUAGAAGUGUAAGUAAACGUAGCACAGCAACCGGAAGUGACGAAGAUAGUGAUUCGGAUUCAGAAAAUUAUAGUGAUUCUGAUUUUUGGACAAUUCCGGACGAAACAGGAAUGCCGAUUAACAAAUCCGAUGACAGGAAUAGAAAAGGAUGGGUCACCCAUGACGACCGGAAGUCAUACGAUAAUUAUUCCUCUUCCGGUUCCAUGACUCCGACUCCUAGGUCAAGUCAAAGUCAAACGCUUGAUUAUUACAGAAUAGUAAGUGACAGCUACAAGCGUUAUGGUGCAAAUCUUCACAAGAAGGCCAGCGAACGCUCCAUAUCCAGUAUCAUACUAAUGCCGGUUGCUGAUAUGCAUAUUCCCACUAACACGGAAUGGUAUACCGAGCCAUCUAACAGCUUGCCAACCCACCUCCAAAGGAGAAUGGACGACCUAGUGGAGGCCUUCCUGGAUGCCUUACAAGACCGACACGAGCACGGAGCAUUAAGUCAGUCAGAAUACGAGGUUAUCAUGAGAAAUCUACGUCAUCAGCUUGUCGAUUUCGUGUUUACCUGUAUUUCUAACGAUAUCACCCCACGCAUAGAAAUCCAGGCUAAUACGCAACAACUGUUUUCGGAUUCUGAUGCCAGUGGUAACUCCCCCUGGACGGUUGAGAUACAGCUGAAACCAGCGGACGAAGAGAUUCUCCAAACAUCUGAAAAACAGCUCGCCUGUAAACUUGUGCAAAAGGGUUCCCAGAUCACCCGUGACGAUAUAUCCAUUUUACUGGGUGACCAUUUGAGGACAAUUGAACAGCUGCAACACGUGCGGGACUCCGGUCGCCUUCAUCAAGCUGAUGGUAUAGAAGACAAACACCGUCUGACAUCAGCGCCGUCGCCCCGAAAAGGCUCUGCUAGCAUGAGUUCGAAGAGGAAGAAAGUUCCAAACAGUGCACCAAACAAGUCGAGCAGGUCGGGAAAAGUACGACUUGGAGGUAGCAAUAGCGUCCUGACCAACUGUCUCCGUCCUCAAGCCAAGGAUGAAGACUUGCCUGGAAGGGUGCAAGUGUGCACAGUCAGCGGCGGGUUAAGCAAUGAGGAGGACAGCGACAGUACUAUCGAGAAUCUCUCCGACUCUGAGAAAAAACGGUCCAUCAGGAAAAGCGCAUCCCUUGAUGAAAGAAGAUUACGUCUGAGCAAACACUUCGAUCAAGCACUUGACGAGAAAGAGUUGUCCCAGAGUGUGAGCCGACAGAUAUGGGAUAAGUGGAGGACACUGUCUGACGAGGAAUUCAGCCUCCUCAUAUCGGAGAGUAGAGACUGCUUUAUUCAAACUUAUGGCCAGUACUUAGAAGAGCCGUCCAAGGUACAAACACAGAGGACCUUAUCCACCAAGCCACCUCAACACCCAAUUAAGACCUCCACAUCUGCCUCUCCAACAAACCAAAGGUCGCUCGAUUCAAGGUCAUCCGAGGGAUGUAUCGAUAUAGCCAAUGAAUUGCAGCUACUUGACAAGACAUUCGUGAGGAAUGUCCAAGAGCAGUUAGCUAAUGAUGCAAUAUCCGAGCAAUCCCUGGAAGCUUUAGUCCUGGAACACAUGAGGAAAACGUCCGUCAUCCGCGUUCAGGCCAUUACAGUAGGCCCCGCACCACUUACUCGAACCAGAAGUCUCAACGAUGCCGUGGAAGGAUACAGAAGCCAAAACACAUCCGCCGGAAGUACCAUCAGCCGGAGGAGUGAACCAGACUUCCGUAAAUACACGUUAUCUUCACCUGAGUAUGAGGAUCUCUGGGGCUCCAAUGAUAAACUCAACAAUAACCGGGUGAGCUCCGCGCGUAGAAAUGCUCCCCGCGCAGUGACGUCGAGGCGGCGGUCGGGGCAGACGCAAGUGCAUGGUCUCUCUCAUAUGGAGCCACUCUCUGAGGGUGUGGAAGAGAACACUAUGCCAAAGGUUGAAGAGAUCGAGGGAAAGCUCAGCGUGAAGAGUCGGCCGGACAGUGGUAUAGCUGUCAGUAUGUCCUCGGGCAGUUACUCCAGUUACUCAAGUUCGGAGGUCGCCAAAGAAACGGACGAUAUCGAUGAAGCAUGCAUCACAGAGUCUUCCGAAAUGAGAGAUAGACUCGGGAAGGUCAAUGCCGACUUACAUAACGACAUAAAAAGUUUGGCUGCUGCUAUAACGAAGGGUAUGACGUCACAGCAACACAAGGCGCAUGCGCUGUACUACUGGUUGACAAACCUUGGAAUUGCCAAAUAUGCAAGAUCCAACAAGGGAAAGAACACACCUUCGGGGAAACUAAAACAGCUAGUGGACAAGAAAAUAUCGUAUGCCCAGCUGUAUAUUGAUUUAUGCAAAGCGACUGGAGUGAAAUGUGAAAAAAUAGACGGUUAUGUAAAGAACAAAGAUUUCUUGCCUGGAAACACAGUACAAACUUCCAAAUGUCAGCAUACAUGGAACGCGAUCUACCUGGACGGUCAGUACAGGUUUGUAGACCCUGCCUACGGAGCACGACGAGAGAAGUUCUUCAUGGAUCACUACUUCCUCACUUCACCAGAUGAGUUCAUCCUAUCGCACUUUCCAAAAGACAAGAAAUGGCAUUUAAUGAACAACCCCAUAUCGUUGGAGGUGUUCGAAGAAACAGUGAAGACAUGGCCUGCGAUGUUCCACUUCAACAUCCGGCCGCUGAACAUGAAAGCUGUCAUUAGAACGUAUGACGGUAAACUGAGCAUCACUGUUUUGUUACAAAACGUGGCAGUUAUUCCGCAGCUCGAUUACUCUGGCCCUGGUCCAGAGAUAGAUUCUGACUCCCUGGUAGAUUGUAUUGACGAGGAGAUCAGAGACAAUGAGAACGCGGAGACGUUUCACAUCUCCCUGCCAAGGGAGGGCAACUACUAUUUCACCCUCCUCGGGCACGUGCUGGAGGACGAGGUUGACGUACCAGUGUUUCAGUACCGUAUCGAGUACAAAGACGAAUUAUUAUGAGACAAUGCUCUGUGAUUUUAUCUUGCGAAUGAUUCAGGUGAGUUUGUAGGACAAUUUGUAUACAGCUCAACAUGUUGUGACUGACCAUGUGCUGCAGUGGGCGAAGCCUAUUAAAGCUACGCGUCUCUGCAGUUUCAUCAGGGCGAAACAAAAUGUAUAAAAUACAUCGACAGUCGGCUCCUACGCCUUAGUCUUAUCAUACGAACGAACAUAUUUCAGUAUUGCAAGCAUAAGGAUAUGCAUUAAGGUUUGUUGCUUCGUUAUGUCAUGGAGAAGCGAUGCCAUGAAAAACUUGUUUCUGCGACCUCAAGUCUAAAACAGGCAUGUUAUGGUAUGGUAAAUACUAUUUCUAUUUCUUGAAAAGGGGUUUAUUUUAUGGAUACUAUGUUUUAUAUAAGGUUCCUUAAUUUUAAGUCCGUCAGUAGAAUUAUAUGGAUGUAUUUGGAUUUUCGGAAUGGCUCUGAACCCGAUGGCGUUUUUUCUUCCGUAAGAAUCGUAUACAAGUAUUCUGUUGAGGGGUUCAGCGAUGACUGUGAGAAGAUGUUUUAUAAAUAGAAGUGUGCUCAACGUAUAAUCGUCUCCUUACCGUAGACCUAGUCUCAAUCACCAUCGUCAUCAUAUCAUCAUCAUCAUUAUCAUAUCAUCAUCAUCAUCAUCAUCAUCAUCAUCAUCAUCAUUAUCAGUAUUAUCAUCAUCAUCUAAGUUAUUUUCGCGCAUAUCAGUUGAAACAGUUUCUUUUGAAUACAUUUGUUAUGUCCUUAACAUCAAGAGCUUUUGAAAAGUUUUUACUGAAGAUACAUUAUAUUAUAAGAUAACAUGGUUUCUUAUUUAUGCCAAUUGCAGGGUACUACUGCUGAUGUUUCAAGUUGUAACGAUGGAUGUAAAAACCAAUUCAUGUAUCUCCAAAAAACACUGGCCUCAGUACAACUUGGUCUUCAUUAUUCAUAUACAUUUUCAUAAUAUUUUAGAUGCCAUAUGAUAUGAAUGUUUUGAAUGACUGGAUUUAAUGAGAGCUAGAGAGUGUGUAUUUAUUACUGUCAUACCUGAUGUCAAAGUGCUAAACGAAAAUAUAUAUUGCAAGAAUGUGAUAGCCGAACGUUUCUGCGCCUGUGCGUAAUUGGUGCCAUGCAAUUUCAUUUAUACUUGUUUUCAUAUUAUACUGUUAUGUCACUGUAUACAGCUUUGAUGACGCGCAGUGUUGUUUUAGCAAUGAGUUAUUCACGAAGUGUCGACGUCGCGGGUUUGAUAUUUUAGGGUAUGAAGUGUUACUUGACUAGAAAGUUUCGAUGUCAUGUUGAAUUUGUUGCUUUACCUCUCCGCAAAAUCCGUGAAAAUAACACUGCUGCGGAAAAACUGUAUGUACAGUAUCAGGGACGGUCUUGUUAUCGUUAAAUCAGAAUACCAAUUCAGUAUUGUUCAAUAUUUAUUAAUAUUCCAUUAUUAUCAAUUUUGUUUCGUUAACGAGUUUCAAAAAAGGUUAAAUCAUGUUAGUUUUUGUUUCAACUGUGAUGCAACCUUGCUAAAUUCUCGUUAUUUUAUGCAUACAAUUAAUAGUGACAAUUGUAAAAAUGACAAAAUUUGUUCAUAGAUUAAAGUUUCUUUCAUAUGUAUUUUGAUAUCUGAUACAUAGAAAAAUUGUUAAUUAGAUAUUGAUGCGAAUGAAAAUUGAUUAAUAUCUCCAAAUUAUUCAUAUUCUGAUGUCAUGACAUCAUAGAUACAUAGUAUGAACAUUACAAAUCACUAUUGUACAUUCACGUGUGAAAUCAAGUUAAAAAUCAUACAACACACAUUUUUGAUUCAUAUCAAUACACCGUUGUUUGCAUGCUCAAAACAUAUACCUCGUAUAUCCUGUUUUUGGAUGAAAUAUCAUAAUCAAAUAAUCUAAUUUGUUAUUUCUGUUUGAAGUCUAACAUAACGUUUUGCUUUAAUAUAUAUAUAUAUAUAUAAAUAUGUUAUAGCGUACAAUUUUUAGUUACACUGGUCCCUUCGUAAUUGUUAUUGCGUGUUUGAUAGAAUGUUAUACAGGUAACAGGUGUUGUGUCUGAAUCAAAAUUCCUUCUCUGUAUCCACAUAUCAAAAUUCCUCUUCAUAUGGAAUUACAAAUCCAAUUAUUUUUUCAAAAUCUGUUAAUUGUUUUCUGGACUCAAAACCGCUCCCUCCCAAUCCAAUAUUCGGAUUCACAACAGACUUUUCUCUAUCUAAGCUCUGUCACUUUAAAGACUGAAGAUACGGACUUGUACUUUGAAAAUCUUUGAGAAGAUGUCUAAAAUAGAAACCUGUUGAGAAAAAACACCUAAGUACAAACAAUCAGAACUCGUUCUCUUAAAUUCCGAUAUUAGUUAUUGGUCUAAACUAGGAUAGCAAAAAUUCAAGCCUCUUUUGAUUUCUCGAAAAAACUGUUGAGAUAGCGAAGUUCUCACCUAGCAUUAUUUGUAAAUAUUGGCAAGUACCGGUUUGUUUUAUUUUUUUACAUUUUAACAAUAAAUGGUGGAAAUAACUUUGUACAUGUCGGUAAUUUAUAAUUUGGAAAAUAUGCAAAACAGACCAGUAUUUUAACAUAAAUCUAUCU